AUGGCAGAGAGUGGAACAAAUGCAUCGCAAAAGAAGGAGGACAAAGCGAGAGGAGGCUGCAAGUCUCUCCAGGAGCCCCAGAGUCUUUCGCCGGCAGGUGCCACCAACCAGGGGACCAAAAGGCAUCUCCCCCGCGGGAUCGUGAUCCAGCUGACCGGGACGGAGGGGGAGUGGGACAGUCUGGAUGACAAUGAGCUCAUCUUCUCUCUGGACAAUGACGAGGACAACCCCUCCAUUUCACUGGCCAAGCAGAGGCAGCUCUCGGACGAAGAGGACAGAGGGUCGCAGUCUCCGGGCUUCCACGUCCCUCUUUCACCCUCAUCCCCGAGUUCCCUGGGGAACUGCUCCGCCACGGGCCCCAGCUUCCUCUCUCCUGGGCCUUCCUCGCCUACCCACCGGCCCUUGGCAAGCCUGGUCAAGUCCCUCUCCACGGAGCUGGAACCGAAGGAGGGCUCCUCCCUCAGACCCAGGCCCUUUCUGAGCCUCGUCAAGUCGAUCUCCACGGAGAUCUCCCGCUCUGAACCCGAGGUGUCGCAGUCGAAAUCAGACUCCCGCCUCAACCUCCACCUGUGGAAACAGCUCACCCAGCAGAAGACGCGUAGCAAUGGCGACUCUCGCACCGCUCCCCCGUCUCCGAGCUCUCUCUCGCCCAGCGGAGAGGGUCUCAAGGGGGGGUUCUUCAAAAUGGAGCUAGAGGACACGAAGAGGAAGCUGUCGGAGGCGGUGCACGAACCUCUGAGCAGCAUGUUCAGCAAGAUCAUGAGAGAGGAGAGUGGCGGCAGCCCCAAACACCAGCACAAGACCCCGGGGGCGCACCAGGCGAGCUCCAGAGGGCUGGGGCGUGACGGCAGCACCGACACCACGCUCUCAGACUCUCCCGUGAGAAACACCCGGAAAACUGACGCCGACGCUUUGCCUGUGUUCGACUGGCCUUCUGUCAGACAUCCUGGGAGAAUCCAGUGCGCGCCCUGCCCCGUGCACCACCACAGGCAGCCUCGCAAGGACGAGGAUCUGGAGAUCUGCACCGACGGCGACGUGAUGCAGGUGCUAGCAGUUGAAACGCGCAGACGGACAAGAGCGUCACCGGGUCCUCGACCUGGGCCGGCGCCCCCGGCGAAGGCCCCCCCGCCGCCUCAGCCCUCUCACCCGCUGCCACGAAUGAGCUUGUUCUGCGUGGCGGUCCUUUCGUACGGAUACUUCAUCCUGCCUCUCAGCCCGUACUUGUCCGGCCUGGCUCUGGGACUGGCACUGGGGUUUCUGCUCGGGCUGCUGCUCAUUAGGAUGGGCUCCUCCAGGACCAGCCGCCCGGAUCCGGCUCACCGACCGCCACCGACGCUCCUGGGAGAGGAGAUUCUGACAGGUCGCAGUGACAGCACCCAGCCCGAGGUCCUAAAGGGUUGGAUGAAUGAGAUUCAGGACUACGACCCGGAGACCUGCCACCCGGCUUUGACUCACUCGGUCUACGCCACCCUGGAGGGCUGCUCGCUGCGCCUGGACACGCCGCGCACCAGCGUCAGCCGCAGGGCCGCGUACGACGAGCGGGUCCACGAGGCCACCUUCGUCAAGUCACGCUGCUUCCAGCUCGCAAAGAGCCGAGUGUACCUGCUGCCCCCUGUGUUAGCACGGAAGAGGGUCUGGAACCCAAAGUACCCCAUCUGCAUCCAACUGGCGGAACCCCAGGACGCCGAGGGGGGGCGGGCGGAGGAGACCCGGGUGGAGGAACCCAACGCCGGUCAGAGUGAGGACUCCUCCAAGCAGACGCCAGAACCCGCCUUCGUUCUUUACCUGUUUGGACGCACGGGACGAGAGAAAGAAGAGUGGUUCCAUCAUCUGAGUUCUGCUUCGAGGGACUCAGAGAAGGAGAACGAGGCGGACAGACAGAAGCCUGGCAGAUGUACGUCCAGAUUGGGUGAGCAGGCGCAGAGGUCUUCGGUCCAGGUUCACGUCCCGAGCAGCAGGGGCUCCAGCAGGGUGGGCAGCAGUGACGACGACGCCCCCCCGACGCCCGCCGCCCCCUCCCCGGCCCCGUCCGGUCCAGCCAAGGGUCUGUCUGUGCUGGACUAUCCCAGCUACAUGGCUCGGCUCCUGGCUGGAGACGAGCCGACGCCCCUCUCCAGCCCUGGAGCCUCCAGCACAGAGCCGAGUCCCACCAUGCGAGGAAACUGUACCUGCGACGGAGCAGAGUUCCCCUCGAUGAGUCACACUUCGUGGAUUAACGCUUUAAUUGGUCGAAUCUUCUGGGACUUCUUGCGAGAGAAGUGCUGGGCCGACGCCGUGUCCCACAAGAUUCAGAAGAAGCUCAGCAAAAUCAGGCUGCCUUACUUUAUGAACGACCUGGCCCUGACGGAUCUGGAUAUGGGCUGCUCCAUGCCACAGAUCACCGCUACAUCCAGGCCUGAGGUCAACCACAGAGGCCUGUGGCUGCAGCUGCAGCUGCUCUACACCGGGAACCUGCAGAUGACCCUGCAGACCAAGUUCAACCUGUCCAGGCUGGGGAAGGAGAGCGGGCCGGACACGGUGCACUGCAUGAGUGACAGGGGCAGCCUACGCUGCCGGCCCGUCCUGAGUGUGUUGGCGGACAGUGAUGAGGAGUCCUCCAGCGCUGCUUCAUCUGAUGAAGAGGAUCUGCUUCUGUCGGAGCCUCAGGGUCCGGUCGGGGAGAAAGGCUCCACGCCAGCGUCUGAAGGGACGGGGGGCGGGAAGACCGGCAGGAAGAUUUUGAGAUUUGUGGACAAAAUCGCCAAAUCCAAGUACUUCCAGAAGGCGGCGGAGAACGAGUUCAUCAAGAAGAAGUUUGAGGAGAUGUCGAACACGCCCCUGCUGCUCACUGUGGAGGUCCAGGAGCUGUCAGGGACCCUGGUCAUCAACAUCCCUCCGCCCCCCACUGACAGGAUAUGGUACAGCUUCUGCGAGCCGCCGAAGCUUGACCUGCACGUCCGUCCCAAGCUGGGGGAGAGAGAGGUGACCUUCUGCCACGUGACCGAGUGGAUCGAGAGGAAGCUGCAGGACGAGUUCCAGAAAGUGUUUGUCCUGCCGAACAUGGACGACGUCUACGUGCCGCUGAUGCACUCGGUGGCGGACGGGCCUCGGGCCGAGUCCCGCCGCUCCCACAGCUCCUCCACAGAGUCCAUCGAGAGGAUCCCGCCUGAACCCGGCGCUGCAGAGUCGGACUAG